CGUCACGUUGCUUUACGGUCAUGUGAUGUUCUUUGAGUCCUACCCAUUGGCAUUUGACCAAAACCACUUAACCUGCUCCAAGUUCAUCUAAAAAAAUAUCGUUGUUGUAUCUUUCCUUAUGGCAACCUCGUUUUUGGAUCAGUAUGAAGCGCUGGACGUUAUUGGAAAUGGCGCGUUUGGUAUCAUCCGCAAAGUCAGAAGAAAAGCGGAUGGAACAACUUUCGCGCGGAAGGAGCUCAGAUUUGAGAAGAUGCAAGAGCGAGAUAGAAAGCAAAUUGUUGCCGAAGUGAACAUUCUCAAAGAACUUCACCAUGAUCAUAUCGUUAAAUAUCAUGAUCGCUACGUCGACAAAGAAUCGGGUAUUCUAUAUAUCGUCAUGGAAUACUGCGGCGGCGGCGAUUUAUCCAUGGUUAUUCAACAAGCUCAAAAACACAACCGGCCAAUACCAGAAGAUACUAUUUGGAACUACUUUAUGCAACUAUUACUCGCUUUGCAACACUGUCAUCAUCCGAAUGGACACGGGAGAAACAGCAGUGGGACGUGUAAUCCCAUGUCUGAAAAUGAAGGGAGAGAACGAAGGAACCAAAUAUUGCAUCGAGACUUGAAGCCUGACAAUGUCUUCUUGGAUGAAAACAACUCGGUCAAACUCGGAGACUUUGGAUUGUCGAAAUCUCUGCUUCAAACUAAUUUCGCAAACACAUACGUUGGGACGCCUUAUUAUAUGUCUCCAGAAGUGAUGCAAGAGAAGGCUUAUGAUUCCAAAUCUGACAUAUGGUCGCUGGGCUGUUUGAUUUACGAACUCUGUGCUCAUAAACCUCCCUUUCAUGAAGCUAAGAGUCACACUGAACUUAGCAUCUUAGUCCGUAAUGGACGCAUACCUCCACUACCGAAAGGAUAUUCACAGUCCUUAGCGGGUGUUAUCAAGGCGAUGUUGAAUCUUAACCCCGCGAUGCGCCCUUCUGCAGCCCAAUUGUUACAGCAUGAACGACUUGAGCUUGUGUUCAAAGUGUCUGAGACGGAAAAGAUGUUGGCUACUGUUAAACUGCACAAGAACGCAAUUGUUGCCCGUGAGCGAGAUGUCGCCGCACGGGAAGCCGCCAUCAUUGUCCGCGAGCAACAACUUGAAACCCGAGCGGCUCAGACUGAGAUUGAGUUGAAUUCGCUUCGUCAUACAAUCUCCCAGAAUCAACACCUUCAAUUCUCCCAGCAGGACUUAGAAGUCGCAAUUCAACAAGCAAUUGCUCGACGAGAAGAGGAGCUUCGUGUAUUGGUGUUGCAUAGAGAGGAGGAAGUGGCUGUAGCAAUUGCCAAACGUGAAGAGGAGAUUAUCGCGUCUGUUAACAAGCGGGAAGAGGAGCUGAAUGAAGCUUGGGUGAUGAGGGAGGAACAAAUUCGACAAGAGGUAGAUGAUAGAGUCCGAUGGAUACAUGAACGAGAAGUCGAUCUCGCCGCGGAAGAGAAUCGCCUUGAAGAGGUUCGACUGGAACUCGAGGGAAAAGUGAGAAAGUGGGAGGCUAAGUCUGUGAAAGGUCGCAAAGAAAAGACGCCCUUGGAAGAAGUCAAAAAUUUACUUGAACCGCUGACCAGACUUAGUUCUCCUUGUCUGGAGAACGGAACUACUCCUGAGGAUUCCACCCCACAAUCCCAAACCAGGCGUCGGCCUGUUGUUUCAUUCCCCGAAAUCUUGACCCCCGCAGCACGACUUGUUCAUGCCACUCCAGCGUCGGCAAUGAAGGGUGUUGUACUUACCUCGACGGGCGAAGUGCUUACAACACCAGCGCCGAGUGAUCUCGCGAAGCUCUUUGUGGAUUCCCCCAAGGUCGGCCUCGACUUUACCAAGAUCUUCGACCCUGAUUGCAGAAAGGCAGAUGUCGACACAGAAGAUAGCGCGGAUGAGGCGGAAUCUCCGCCUCCCAGUCCGAGUUGUCGCAAGGAGAGACCGCGCAGAUACGGCAAUACUGCGAAUAGUGAUCGCAGCGUGUCCCCUUCUAAGCGACCAUCGUCCGCGUCCACCUCAAUCACUUCGAUACCACCUCCAACACGUAUCCGACGACCGUCGAUACGGUCAUCAGCUACUUCCAAAUCGAGCGUUUCCGGCUCCAUGAUUUCGUCCAUAUCUGAUCCCAGUAACCUGACUGGCUCGAUGACCGGGCCAUUGCAGCUUAAACCUCUUCCUCUUCCUCAUCCGCAUCUUCACAAUCAAGCAAAUACUAUUCCUUCAAUACCAACUGCACGUACCGCUGCCUCAGGGCGAUCGAUGCAACGAACAAAUUCUGCGCCUGCGACAACCGAGAUCACAAGAGAAUAUGAUUCGACAGAUGAGGAAAAUCUACCUAGUCCUUUUCUCAAACGUGCAACUGCACGGUCUGGUAGUAUCGGAAAGAGACAUAGCAAUGGAAAUCUUCUACGGGCAGUCGCAGCAGCAAAUUCCACUGCACGAAGGACGAAUGCCUCGAUAUCUGCGUUGUCGGAACUAGGAGCAGGAGUUUCCCCAGUAGGGAACAAUGUUACACGGCCUCCCAUUUUAGGUGCGAGAAAGAUGAGUGAGGAGACCAGGAAAACAUUGCCGCAGCAGUGAUAAUUUGUAACUGACAACAGCAUAUGGACUGUGUUAGUGGUCCUCUUCAUGUGUAUCCAUAUAUUCAUUUGUGUAUUUAAAUCUAUUAAAUGUAGACUGAGU